GGACGCGCCUACUGAACGAGAACACAACUCCUCCAAUAUGUAUUACGGCGUAACGGGUUUAUGCACAGGACAGACUAACGAAGAUACCCGAACAGGAACAAUACCCAAACUCCAGUGAUAAAAUAGGGAUGGAGUUUGGAAUUUCAAUGAAACAUAUCACCGAAUGAGACAAAUGGUAAAGUAUUGGCAGUUGCUGUAGCCUAACUACGUUUACGCCCUUGAGCUUCUAAAAGUUUUGAUUUUGGGUGAUUCCAACUCGGAGAGGAUUGGCAGGACAUAGUAACUUUCAGCGACUGGAAGGAUAGGGACCAACCCAGCCGUAUUUUACAAUCUCUGUUUUAAAACAACUGGAGGAACUGUGACCGGGAUAAUUACAAGGACAUUUGUGUCAAAUAAGUGCAAAGUCUUUCAGGACCUCUGCUUACAAAUGGUAGGUGGUGUUGCAGCAAUGGAAGGAACCAUGGAGGACUACGGCAAUUACACCUACGAUUAUCUGGAGUACGGAGACUUCGAAGAAGAAAAAGCCCCAGACGGAUACUCCCAGAAGGAGGCUAUGCACAUUAUAUCAGUCGUCAUGUAUAGUAUUUCAUUUGUGCUCGGUGUCACUGGAAAUGGAACAGUCAUAUGGGUGUUGGCAUUUAAAAGCAAAUGGACAGUGAACAGUGUCUGGUUGCUGAACAUGGCUAUAGCAGACUUUGUGUUUGUGCUCUUUUUACCCUUCUCUAUCGACUACGUCCUUCGAGACUUCCACUGGUGCUUUGGCCUGGUCAUGUGUAAGCUCAACUCGUUUGUGUCUGUGAUGAACAUGUACGCCAGUGUGCUCUUUCUCACAAUGCUCAGUCUGGACAGGUAUGUCUCAUUGAUUCACCUUAGCUGGUCUCAGAGGUGUCGCAGUGUAUGGCGAGCCUGGAUCUUAUGUGGCUGUGUGUGGGGGGUGUCUGCUCUACUGAGCCUCCCUACCCUGAUAUUCCGUGACACUGUGAGUUACCGUGACCGGGUGAUGUGCUUCAACAACUUUAAUGCCCAGGAUAGACAUACAGCUGCUGUGAGACACAUUACGUUGGUGGUCAUCCGUACAGCAGUGGGCUUCUUACUGCCCUUCAGUGCUGUCUGUGUGACUGGAAUUCUCCUGGCAAUCAAAGUCCACCAGUCUGACGAUUCUGUGAGCCUGUCUAGCUUUUCUAAGACAGUUUCAGCUGUCAUUCUGGCCUUCUUUUUGUGCUGGGCACCAUUCCAUACCUUUAGUUUAAUGGAGCUUUCCUUCAACUCAUCACUGUACCUACAUGCUGUUCUGAAGACAGGCUUUCCUCUUGCUACGAGCUUAGCCUAUUUCAACAGCUGCGUCAACCCCUUCAUCUAUGUGCUGGUGGGUAAGAAGGUUCGCCAGCUCCUGAAACGCUCGUGUCUGGACAUCACAAAGAGUUCUCUGCGGGAGCUCAACCAGUCCAUCUCUGCAACUGAAUCAGUGCCUGUAGCUGACAUAAGAGCUCCAUACAUCAGUGCACCACAGGAUCCCACAGAAUCAUCAACUGUUUGAUUAUACUGAUCUAAUCCCACAGUUACCUAUAGCAAAAACCGGCAGAAACUGCCACUUGACCUAAAAGAACCAGCCUGACCAUUCUUUUAGUUCAAAUGUGACUUGUUUUAUAUUUUACUUAGUGUAACAUUUGUGCUAGUUGCUUGAGUUGGAUACUUCCAAGUAGCAAUUACUUUGAGUGCCAAGGUCUGUUGAGUGCCAAGGUCUGUUUGAGUGCCCUCAUAGGAAAACUUGAGUAAAGACAUACACUAAAAGUAUAACUUGCACAGGGGAAAAGAAGCAACUUUAUUUAAUGAUUUUAAAAGAAGUAUCUGAUCCUAUUUACCCCGAAGACUAAUAGGAAAGGAGGCCACCCUUCCCCACUGUCUCUGGAACAGACUGUCUCUGGAACAGGCUGUCUCUGGAACAGACUGUCUCUGGAACAGACUGUCUCUGGAACAGGCUG